UCUGGCGCUGCUGCCUUCCCGAGCGAGCGGUGGAGGGAACUCAAGAGGCCAGAGCCCCCGGCCCGGGCGCCAGGCCCUCUCCCCGCUCGCCACCACGGAGAAGGAGGACGGCCAGCCCCUCCGGCCCUGGCCUGGCCCAGCGGGGGCUGUGCACUCCUACGUGCCCCUGGCUGGGUGCCCUGACGGGCCCAGCGCAUGAGCAGCCGCCCUGCUGACUGCCGCUCUACACCCGCCCAUCCCUCGCGGCCACACCAUGUCCAGCUCCUACGACGAGGCCUCGCUAGCUCCGGAGGAGACCACCGACAGCUUCUGGGAGGUGGGGAACUACAAGCGGACGGUGAAGCGCAUCGAUGAUGGGCACCGCCUGUGCAACGACCUGAUGAACUGCGUGCAGGAGCGCGCCAAGAUCGAGAAGGCGUAUGCGCAGCAGCUCACGGACUGGGCCAAGCGCUGGCGCCAGCUCAUCGAGAAAGGUCCACAGUAUGGCAGCCUGGAGCGGGCCUGGGGCGCCAUAAUGACAGAGGCAGACAAGGUGAGCGAACUGCACCAGGAGGUGAAGAACAACCUGCUGAACGAGGACCUGGAGAAGGUCAAGAACUGGCAGAAGGAUGCCUAUCACAAGCAGAUCAUGGGCGGCUUCAAGGAGACCAAGGAGGCUGAAGACGGCUUCCGCAAGGCCCAGAAGCCCUGGGCCAAGAAGAUGAAGGAGCUCGAGGCUGCCAAGAAGGCCUACCAUCUGGCCUGCAAAGAGGAGAAGCUGGCCGUGACCCGGGAGAUGAACAGCAAGACGGAGCAGUCGGUCACACCCGACCAGCAGAAGAAGCUGCAGGACAAAGUGGACAAGUGCAAGCAGGAUGUGCAGAAGACACAGGAGAAGUAUGAGAAGGUGCUGGACGACGUGGGCAAGACCACACCCCAGUAUAUGGAGGGCAUGGAGCAGGUGUUUGAACAGUGCCAGCAGUUUGAGGAGAAGCGGCUGGUCUUCCUCAAGGAGGUGCUGCUGGACAUCAAACGUCACCUCAGCCUCGCUGAGAAUAGCAGGUGGCUGGGCGUGGCAGCGCGGUGGGCACAGGCAGGGGCAGCCAAGGCUGAAACCGGCACGCAGGCAUCCCAGGCCGUGUGUCAUAGUGACAGGAGGGGAGGGCUGAGCUGCGGGGGCCAAAUGCAGUGGCUGCCUGGGUGUGAGCUGACGCCUACUGGCUACUCAAGAACCAUGCUUGGAAGGAUGGGUGAGUGGCUAGAGUGGGGGGAUGGAGAAGGGUGCCCCCCCCCAAGAGUCUGCUGCUUGGGAAGCCUCUGCUUCCUAGUGGGGGCGGGCAUACCAGCACUCUGGUCCCCUGAAUGGGCUCUGGCCCCCGCCGAAGCUGAGAAGGGACCGUGGGGCCUCUUGCCCUCCUCUCCCUCUCCCUCCCCCCUCUCUGCGCACAGCUAUGUCCAUGUGUACCGGGAGCUGGAGCAGGCCAUCCGGGGGGCGGACGCCCAGGAAGACCUCAGAUGGUUCCGCAGCACCAGCGGCCCUGGCAUGCCCAUGAACUGGCCCCAGUUUGAGGAGUGGAACCCAGACCUCCCCCACAGCACCACCAAGAAGGAGAAACAGCCCAAGAAGGCAGAGGGCGGAGCACUGACCAACGCCUCCGGGGUGGUGGAGUCCACGUCCCAGGCUGGAGACCGCGGCAGUGUUAGCAGCUACGACAGGGGCCAGCCCUACGCCACCGAGUGGUCAGACGACGAGAGCGGAAACCCAUUCGGGGGCAAUGAGGCCAACGGGGGCUCCAACCCCUUUGAUGACGACGCCAAGGGAGUGCGUGUGCGGGCACUCUACGACUACGAUGGCCAGGAGCAGGAUGAGCUCAGCUUCAAGGCUGGAGAUGAACUCACCAAGCUGGGCGAAGAGGAUGAACAGGGUUGGUGCCGCGGGCGGCUGGACAGCGGGCAGCUGGGCCUCUAUCCCGCCAACUACGUGGAGGCCAUCUAGCUGCCCUGCCCGCCCACCGGCUCCCCUCCCUGCCCACUCUCGUCCUCCUGCCCUCACCAUAGAGUUCCAGACAUAUUUUCCGAUCAAGCUUUUAUUUUUUUAAAAGUCAAAACAGAACAAAACAAAAAAUACAAAGAGACAGAGCAUUUGCAGGGCCGCCUGGAGGCCAGGGUGGUGGGACUCGGGGGGGGAUGGCCCCAGGGUAGGUGAGGGUCUUAGGACUUAGCCCAACAGUGACAUCGCACAUCACUACACCUUCAGAUCCCACCAAAGAGUCUCCUGAGCCUCGAGGGGUGUCUUCCAGACCCUUCUAUCCUGCUUCUGUGCCCCAGCCCGCCCCUCUCACCCCAGGCUGCCAGCACCUGCCCCACUUCUCUGGCCUGGUUUUCUGACCUCUUCCUCCUGCCCCCCCCUCUUCCCUGCCUCCUACUCAGAGGCCUGCCCUGCAGAGCCUGGAGAAGAGGGCCUCCCCUUUAGUCUUCCACUUUGCCCUGGGGAGAGCCCUUCUCCUAGCCUGCUGGGACUGGAGGAGGCAUGGUUGCCUUCUUCUCCCUGGGGUCCCUAGACUCCCUAAGACAUGAAGAGGGGUCAGCUGGAGUUGGUGACGGUGUCACUGGGGCAUAAGAGGGCGAGUGAAUGGCGAGCAGACCCUUGGCCCUCCCAAGGCCCAGCCAGGCUCUUGGCAGAGGGUCCGACACCCUGCCGGGACCCUUUCCAUCCGUCAGCACAGGCUCUUCCUCUGAGCCAGCCCCUGGCCUCACUUGCAGAGACCCCCCGCCCCCAUCAGGCAGGGGGAGGGGCCCCACAGCCCAAGGCAAAGCCAGCAACAGUAGCCGCUGCCUCCCAUUUCCUGGGAAGGAGGGCAUCUUGCCCACACCACCCGCCCUGUCCCUCCAUGUCCAUCUAGAACCAUAGAAUCACUAGUCUAAGGUGGCCUCCCCUCCCUCUGUCCCCUUCUCCCACCUGCCUGGGAGAUACUGUGGGCCCCUGGGAGCCUCCAGCCUGGGACAGGGCAAGGGAAAGCUUGCAGCCAAUGGGAGAGGUGAGGGUUUGCAGGAGGGAGAAGCCCUGGCCCUUGGGAGCAGGACAGUCUCCAGGUCUUUUUUCCUUGUCCCCUCCCCCCACCCCCAGCCCUAGCCUCUGACAGCCCUUCCUGCUGGCACCCCCUCCAAGCCUGAGUCUCCAUUAAAGGACUUUUGUGGGUGGGAGGAGGCAGAGGGCCUCCCGAGAGCAGGAGGAUUUCCUGUGGUUGGUGAAAGGAAGUGGUGCUGGGUACCCAGGUAUUCGGACCAGGUGCCAACCAGCCCCACCCACAGGAGUGGGUACCUGGGAAGCCAACCUGGGGGCAGGGCAUAAACCCCAUGCGGAGGGGCAUGGCGGGAAGGGGAGUCUCUCGGGACCUCUGGGGUGAGGCACCAGCCUUCCUGCAGCAGCAGGGGUGAGGCUUGCUCAGGGCUGCUGCUGCUGCUUCUCAGCUUCAGGGCUGCAGGCACCGCACCUGCUCCCGCAAGGCCCCCUGGGGCUCUAGGUAGAGACAGUGGUUUGUCCCAGCCCCUCUGUCAGUCUCAGUCCUCAUUUGCUCCCUGCUUUGAGGUCGCAGACCUCAGCCUCAAGGCCCUCACCCUGUUCACCUGGGGGCAGAAGCUCCUGGCAGGGUUCAGGGGCCUGAGCUGGGGCCGGCCUCCUUCGGGGCCAGGGAGUUUGGGGUAUGGGGAUGAUGGCACCCCCGUCAGGUAAGCCCCCUCCCAGCUCCCCUUUUCUUGUCACCUUCUGCUCUCCGGGCCUCUGCUGCAACCUGAGAUGUGCUGUCAGCAAGAUUUCGGAAGCCCUCAGCCCUCCCAGUUCCAGAACGAAAGGCUCUUCCGUCUCUCCUCCAGGCCAGAGUCGGGCUGGAGGCUUCUUCCCCUUACCACGUACCUGUGGAGGCAGGAAGCAGCUGCACCUUGGGGCCUGGGCUCCUUUCUCUGUACCAGCGGCUUCUCAGCACCUGGGGAGGGGCCAUGGCCCUGGCUGGACCCCAGGCCUGUCCCCCUCAGCAUUCCAGCUGCCCACUCUGGGGCAGGGACUCGAAAUUCUAUUCCUUCUGAGCAACCACCUCCAUACCCCACCUUGGGAGCACUCCCUCUCGGGACCUGUGGGUGGGAGGUCUCCCAGCCGGAAGUUCCCCUGCGCUCCCUCCCGCCCCUGGGGCCCAGCCCCACCUGUCAGUGCCCGGGGCCUGCCCACUGCCUCCUGUAGCCCGCCUGACCCCUCGAUGCUGCGCGGCCCGCCCUGCGGGGCUCGGCGAGUACUGUGUUUUGUCCCCAGUUAAGCACCGUUCUGCAGCCCAGCUCUGCAACGAGCCAGGGCUGCCCUGCCGCCCGCCGUUGUCGCCCUAGGCUUCCUGACUCCAUUAGUCCAACACUUGUGAAACUCCGAGAAGUGCUGUGGUCUCAGCAAUGCACCUGUUUUGUAUAUGAUUGUGUAAUUUAAAGGUAUAUAAAUACAAAUAUAUAUAUAUAUAAGUUGUGAUUGUAUGACUGUGGAUAAAAACCAGAACUGUGUCAACCUGG